AUGAGGCCCUACCCCGUAGCCGGAAAUGACACCAGUGCCGGUGAUCCCGUGACACCCGAGAGCGACGAUAGCGGGAAGGAUGAGCGCAACGAUCAUCAGCCCGCCAUCGCUUCGGCUCCAUCCCCUCAGGUCACCGAUGACUCAGUGGGGACCAGUGUCGGCGGCAGCGGUGGGGAUCACUCCCCUAAACUACCCCUGGAACCCUCGCAAAGUGGGGUAGAGCUGCUCGGGAAUGAGGUCCGAACCGAGCUUGACGGCGGCUCCACGAGCCACGGCUCAUCGACAGGAGACGUUCCCGUCGCGUCGCCUGCGCUGCUCUCUACGUCACCUCCGCUCGGUCAUGGCGCCGGUAUCGCUGCGGCUUCGCCCCCUCAGGCUACCGACGACUCUGUGGGAAUCAGUGUCGGCGGCAGCGGUAGGGUUCCUACCCCUAAGCUUCCCUUGCAAGGUGGGAUAAAACUGCUUCGGAAUGAGGUCUCAACGGAGAUUGGCGGCGACUCUACGAGCCGCGACUCGUCGGCAGGAGGAUUUCCGACCACAUCGCCUGCUCCGCUCUCUACGUCGCCUGCUCCGCUCGGUGAUCGGGCCGCCAUCGCUUCGGCUUCGUUCCCUCAGGCUACCCCAGUGGGAACCAGUGUCCGCGGCCGCAGCAGCGAGCGGGGCGGGAAGGAGCUGCUCCCGACUGAGGUCUCAACGGAACUUGACGGCGACUCCACGAGCCGCGACCCGUCGACGAGAGGGGGUCCGGCCGCAUCGCCUGCUCCGUUUGGUGAUCGCGCAGCUAUCGUUUCGGCUUCGUCCCCUCAAGCUAUCGACGACUCAGUGGGAACCAGUGUCGGCGGCAGCGGUGGGGAUCAUUCCCCUUACAUUCCCCUGGAAUCUCCGCGAAGUGGGAUGGAGCUGCUCAGGAACAAGUUCCCAACGGAGCUUGACGGCGACUCCACGAGCCGCGACCCGUCGACAGGAGGCGUACAGAGGGUAAGCUUCGGCGAUGGCAGUGGCGGUGCUGGCGACGACACUUCUGGCCCCUUCGAACAAGAACAUGCGAGGAAGGAGGUAGACGAGCAGACCAGCGAGGGCGCGCUUACCAUCGAGAAGAUUGACGCGACACAAGAGCAGAAGGUAGAAGGGGCGCUUACAGGAGGCGUUCAGGCCACGUCACCUGCUCUGCUCUCUACGUCGCCUGCUCCACUCUGUACCAAGCACGGCACCAGUGCUUCUUCCAAUGGACGUCGAACGGGUGCAGGGGGAGGCUUCGGCGGCGGUGGUGAUCGUGCAAAAGACGGCCCUUCUCGUCCCUUCGAACAAGAACACGGGAGGAAAGAGGUGCACGACCAGACCAGCCAGGGCGCGCCCACCAUCAAGGAGAUCGACGCGACACAAGUGCAGGAGGAAGAGGAGGCGCUUACAAGGGGCGUUCCGGCCACAUCGCCAGCUCUGCUCUCUACACCGCAUUUUCCGCUCUUUACCGAGCACGGCACCAAAGCUUCUUCUAAUGGACGUCGAACGGGUGCAGGAGGAGGCUUGGGCGGUGACGGUGCAGGAGGAAGCGACUGCGAUCGCGGUGACCGUGCUAACGACCCUUCUCGUCCCCUCGAACAAGAACGCGCGAGGGAUGAGCAGACCACACCCUUCACCAAGGAAAUCAACGAGACACACAAACGGGAGGAAGACGAGCAAGCGCUUCGAGGCCUGCUGCGUCCCUUCGGACAAGAGCGCGCGAGGAAAGAGGCGGACGAGCAGCCCGGCCAGGGCACGCCGGUCACCAAGGAAACCAACGAUACACAAGAGCAGGAGGAGACGCUUCUCCUGCGCGCGAGAAUCGAGCAGCUGGAGGUAAGCGCGCAGACCCAGGCUUCCAAGCACGGCGAGGCGGAGCGCCGGGCGGAGAGCCUGGAGGGUGAGCUCCGGGGGCUGGCGGACCGCUGCCGCCUGGAGACCGCCGCCCGCGAGGCCGCCGAGCGCGACGCCCAGCGGUGCAUGGGUAUGUUCGCGGAGGCGAGGGUGGCUCGGAAGGACGCUCGGGUCGUGGCGGAGGGCAAGGACCGGGAGCUGGCUUCCGAAAUCGCCGCUCGCGAAGCCGCCGAGCGAAACGCCAGGCAGUACACAGACCUAUUCGCGGAGGCCAGGGCGGCGUGGUCGAACACCCAGGAGAUCGUGGAGGACAAGGAGAGGAAGCUCGCGGCCGCCGAGGCCAGGAUGAUGAAGACGGAGGCGGGCGGCGGCUUCUGCUCCCUCCAGCGCCGCCUGGGGGACGCCAGGAGGGGCAGGGAGCUGAACCGCCAGCAGUCCCUCGAGUUCAAGCUGGCCCUGGAAGAGCAGCUCGCCGCCGGGGGCGGGACAUCUGAGGGCGGAGGUCGUGGCAGCAGCGUCGAUGACGGCGGCGGGCGCGCGGCGGCUGGGGAAGUGUCGCGGGAGGGUCGAGUCGGGAAAGUGGAGGUACGGCUGGAAACGGCCGUAGAUGCUGAGGCGGCCCUAGCCGUGGAAGCCGUGCUAGCCCUAGUAGCCUCCGUUGAGGCCAAGGCGGCUACCGGUCAAGCUGUCGGUGGCGGUGGCAAUAGUGGAGUGGUAGCGUUAGCGAUCAGCUCUCCGCCUUCGCCGGAGGAAUCGAUGCUGGCGUUGGAUCUGGCUUCGCUCGUCUUGAUAUUGGCUCGCUCCCAACGACAGCAAAGCGCGUGUCCGUACCUCCGUUGGUCUUUGCUGGCCGGGCCGGGGAGGGAAAAAAUGCAGGAGUGGGUCAGUCAGCCGCACGAGCAGCACGCUCUCACGCUGCUGCACGCACCGGAAGAGAUUGAUGUCUCCGACGCCGGCAGCGGCUCUUUCGAGGCCCCCCACCCCUCCCCGUCCACCCCCAACAAAUAUUCAGGCAGUGAACGCGUAGCUGGAUCUGGCAUCGAUGGCAGAUUUUCGGAGGGCACCCAGUACGAUCAUGACGGCCACGUCGCCGCUACCGCCACCGAUAGCGGUUUGAGAUCCCCGUUGGCGUCCGCAGAGACGGCCCGAAACCUCACUGCGGCCUCCGGUGCUGCCACAGAAACCCCGGGCGGCGCCGAAAAGCUGUUUCGAGACUACAGCAACACCUACGGCUCCAGCGCCUGUGGUAACGCCAGGAGGGGGGCAAAGGAGGUUAUCCUACGGGCAGGCACGUUCCUUGAGAGGCUAGCGAAGAACACGAACGUGGAGGAGGGGUUGAUGAUGCUUGAGGUUGACGGGGGCUCCAUCGUGAAGGUGGUUAUGGAGGUGAAGAAGUUUCUCGAGCUCCACGAGACCAAGGACAAUUACGAGGAGCACGUCGGGCACUUAUGA